GCGCGCCAGCAGAUGAGUGCGUGAGAGAGACGGAACGGAAUAGGGAAUCCUGUGUACUGUGUGGGCCUGUGGUGUGGUGUCCUGUCGGUGGUUCGACUCGGGGCGGAAUGCAGAGUUUCGGGGGCCGAAUUUGACGCGUGGGUGGCAGCUGGGUGGACGCGCCGAGGCGCAUACGCUUGUGAGGCCGGCCGGCGGGCGCAGAGGUGACGUCGGUGGGCGCGCUGUCGGCGCCGACGGGCACGCCGGCGGGCUCGUGACGUGCCGCGCGGGCGCCGCCAUGGUCGGCCGCUAGCCGCGCAGUCGGCGGCCGAAGAUGCAGCAGUCGCCGACCAAGAGCAACGGUCCGAUGCGGGCCACCCUGCCGAUGGCGUCGCUGCUGCGCACCAACAGCAAGCUCGGCGGCGGCGGAGGCAGUCCGUGCUCGUCGCCCGUCUGGAGGCAGGCGAUGGUGUCUCCGGCGGCGCUGGACGCUGCCCUGUCCUCGGGACAGCGCAGCCCCGGCUCGGCUUGCCAGCCGAAGACGGCCACGGCCACCAAGGCCAUGCGCCGCACUGCCUCCCUCGACGCCAUUUACCUCAAGGGCCAGUGGCCGCCCGAGGGACUCAGGAUGUACUGCGGACACAUCCUCGUAGACAAAGCUACACAGACUUCAGAAGACUGGAUUUGUGAACAGAGAAGGCCGAGUCGUUUUGUUGACUCGUACGACGACAAACUAGAAAAAUACAUUAGGCAUAGGCUCCAACAGAAGAGCUCCGGCAGUAGAGAACGAGGCAACCCAGUGGCGGCCGACCACUCUGUGCUGUCCAGCUCUCAGCUCAACUCCGUGUGCAGUCCCGUUUUGCCAAGCAGCCCCACCCUGAGCCCGGCCUCGGCCAUCCCCAUCCCAAGCGCCUCCAAACCUGCAGUGCCUCGCAUGAGAAACUCAAUAGAAGGACUAAACCAAGAGAUUGAGAGACUGGUCUUGAAGACAGACGAAGAUCUCCACCAAGAUAAAGACAAAGCUUGCCAAGCUACACCUGACGGUCACAAAGCCCCUCUGGCCGAGAUGCUGCGCUCAACAAGGUCUGUUAACACACAAACACCAGCGUACGACAGCACGCCCUCGUCUGGGCCGCCGUCGUGCGGCUCCAUGUCGCCAGUCGUCUUGGGCUGCAUGGACUUCUCGAGACCUGCCAGCGGAGCCAGAGGUGGAGGAAGUACCGGGUCUUCACCAGAGCCGCCCCGAUUUGGAACUUCGCCGCACAUAAACAGGUUUUUGGCCCGCGAGCCGCCAGACGGUUGUGAGAAGGUCAGCACCAAAGUCAUCAUCGAGGACAAAAAACCUGCCAUCGACAUCAGCAAACUCGACUACGGCACCCUGAAGCCGUCUGCCACGUUCCAACUGAAGCCGAGCCAGGGGUCAGCGUUCCAGCCGCUGGGCCAGGGGUCGGCGUUCCAGCCACUGAGCCGGAUGCCGGACCCCGAUGAGGGCCUUCUCGACGAGGCCGCCGGCGGCGGUUGCGAGCCGCAGGAGGAGCAGAAGCAGCAGUGAAGGACUUGCCCAGAACAAUCAAGUGGACCAGCACACAAACUCACACUUACACUUACACACACACACACAAUACAUGAACAAACAAACAAACACAGGAAAAAUAACACACACACAUACACCCACACAUACACACAUCUCAAGCGCAGUCGCUUUUCAUUUCCGAGUGCAGUUUUGAACGUGCUUCUGAUGAUUAUGAAUAUAUAAAUAUAUCGAUUAUUUCUCUACUGUGAUGCCCAGCGUAGACGACCCGUUCACCGCGUCAGUGUAAUUCAACAAACACACCCCUCGACCAUAGCCUAGUCUCUCUAUCGAAGCAGGGUUCGGAACACUUACGGUUACUGUUUUUUGCCCCACUCUCUGUUUUGAACCGAGCUCAAAGUGAUACUGAAAUUCGCAACCCUCGUGAUACUGUUCAGAUUCUUUUCGACGCUUCCCACCACAGUGUUUGCGAGUUGGACGAAAGUGAUGGAUGUUCUUUAGAUUUGUACGGCUUUGAUUCUGUGCUCUCACGACAUAAAAUGUUAAUUGGACUUAAUUUACCAUUUUGCCUAAAAGGUAACUCUAAGGAUUCGAAAUGAUUCAAAUCGUGUAGUUUCCAACUUUUUAAGCUUCAAAAUCGAAUUGUGAAGUCCGUGGUGAUAUUUUAAGGUAGUCCCUACUUGACAAGAACAUCGAGUGGAUUAUUUUUAAUUUUCCGGAAAUAUCACUUCAUCUUAGACUUGCCGGGAAAUUCGUUAAUGGCUCAAUAACGGUUCUAGAUAAAGGUUUUAAAUUUAUACAUAUAAAUGUACGUGGAAGACACCCAAAAAGCUACACGAAUUCUAUGGUUUAACCAAAAUCUAAAACGUCAAAUCCUAAGAGUUCCCUCGCAAAUGGUGAAUUGUUGCAAAAUUCCUCAACGGUGAAAGCACUGAUUUUGACGCGGCCAUUCAAAUUUGAAAGAUUUGUUCCGCGUGCAUGUCCUUUUCCUUAGUUUUAAGUGUUCGCUAGGUGAUUUGACGCGGUUCGUUUAGGUAUCGAGACCAGCAAGCAAACUGACAUAUCUAAACAACUUUUUCUCCUCCCUAGCGGCCGGAAUAAUUUUAAUCAAUUUUAUUCAGGGACUCUCAAUUAUUCGGAAACGAGCUUUCGAAGAGCGAAGACAAAAUACAUCUUCAAUUAGCGAGCGAAGACACGGUCUAUAAUGUGUAUAUUUAACGAUAAAUAAAUAUAGUUUUAGCGAUUUGCCCAACUGGUCAGAGAUGAAUAGACUAAAGAGGAGCCGAACCCUGCUGCAUUUCACCCCCAAUAGUCAGCGCUUCGGUUUUGUAGUUGUCGCUCCCGAGUGCAGCCAUUCCAGUCGAAACAAAAAUUGAGAUAUUUUGUGCAAUAUACAUAUUAUAUACAUUUACCCGCGGUGGAAAACAAAACAGGGAUGGAGGUGACGCGGCGUCGAGCGAUUCACUUCCUUAUUUGAUUUCACGCGCUGUAAAAAACGUCUUCACGGGAAUCGACUGUUAAAUUUUCCUUUCGCGACUUUUAUGAAAUGAAAGUCGUAUAUAUUUGCUUUUGAUCUGUCGCACGGGCUUUUGCGAAAAGCCCUUGCGACCCUCGACAGGGGGUAAUGUACUUUGUCCAAAAGGGAUUCGUUCGUAUUAAGUGACUCGGAAUUUUUCUAACUGAUCCGGAAAUUAAAAAAAAAAUCUGCGCAAGGACAAUUUUGCUAUACGAAAGGGCCACAACAGCCAUCAUUAAAUUUGAAACUUGCGUAAGUAGCUAAGUAACUCUAUUAAGAAUAAAAUGUGCUUAACGCGAAACAAAAAUAUUUAUUGAGAAAAAUAUUUUACAUUCAAUCCUCCUGCGCCUGCGAGAACAGCUCCGUAUGACUGGCCAAAUUACAACGUUUGGUGGUUAAAUCUUUCUCAAAUUUUGAGAGAAGUCGUUCAGUCCUUGUGACAAAUUCUGAAUCUCACCUAAUUUGGACAUCUUAACGGACAAAGUACGCGCUCCCCUCGUCAGCAUCCGUUGAUUACGAUUUAAGAGCGUAGCCGUAGCCUGUGACCCGCGGUUCUAAGUAAACCAAAACUGUACGUAGCACAAACGCAUCCGAGACAGACACACACGUCAUUCACUCUCUUUUUCUCACUCACUCACACACACAAGUAGUAGGAAACACCAAGCAUUCCCGAAUUAGAAUGAUUGAUUGCUCAUGUUGCCGCUGCACAAAAUCUCCUCCAAUUGAUGAUUGCUUCGAUCCCCGUUCGGUGCUGUCGAUCUCUGCCAUGAUUAUACACGCAUUUUACUCCUCCGUUGCCUGUCAGUCGGUCGGUGUUUGUUUUCGCUUUCUGUGUUCGAUACAAUCAUACCACAUACACACACUCACAUGAAACAACGCCCCCCCAUCAGUGCUAGCCUUUUGUGAUGUCGUUGGAAUCGGUUUCUCGGUUUUUGCGGGCCUGCUCGCGCAAAAUUAGCACUUCCGAACUCGCCAGCCGGCCCCAGCUUUCGUUUCGGGGAGAACCAAGGAAGAAAAUGAAUAAAAUGAAAAAAUUCGACGGUUUCUUGCAAAGAAAAAAAAAUAACAAAAAUCGUAUUUUAUAUUUUUGUCAUGUGGAUGAUGAUGAUAUAAGUUAAUAUUAGAAAACACUUGUCAUGGUCUCUUAUUAAUCCAUGUUCUGUCAUAUUUCUACAUAGGAAAUAAAUCGAAAGCAAUUUUCCGAUUGCUUGAAGCGAACAAA